CCAGGAAGACGCCUGCAGAGCCCGGCUGUUAGUGCAGCUGUGGUUGAGGAAGCGGGCGCUGCUGCAUCAGGACCUUGUGCUUCCGAGCCACGCCUGGUCUCCAGGUGGGGAGGCGUGACGGGGCAAGGCCGGGCCUGUGGUGGCGCGCAGUGCCCGCUGAGGUUUAGGGAAGAUUCAGACCAAGGCCUGUCAGAGCCAGUCAGGGAGGCGCCCACCCUCCUGACAGGAUAAGAUGGCGGCGAUGGCGCCUGGAGGUGGCAGUUGUGGCGGCGGCGUGAAUCCAUUCCUCAGCGAUUCGGACGAGGAUGAAGACGAGGUAGUGGCGACUGAGGAACGGCGGUCAGGACUUCGGCUGGGUUCCGGGGCUGGCCUGGAUCCUGGCUCUGUGGGCUCGCUGUCGCCACAGGAUCCCGUGGCUUUAGGGAGCAGUGCGCGACCGGGGCUCCCUGGGGAAGCGGCUUCGGCGGCGCUGGGGGGCUCCGGGGAGACCCCGGCCCGACUGUCCAUUGAUGCGAUCGCGGCUCAGCUAUUGCGCGAUCAGUACUUGCUGACGGCCCUGGAGCUGCACACCGAGCUGUUAGAGAGCGGCCGCGAGCUGCCUCGGCUGCGCGACUACUUCUCCAACCCCGGCAACUUCGAGAGGCAGAGCGGGACCCCGCCGGGGGUGGGAGCUCCGAGCUUCCCGGGAGCAGCCGGCGUAGGAGGCGCUGGAGGCCGGGAGCCGAGUACCACGUCGGGCGGGGGACAGCUCAAUCGAGCUGGGAGCAUCAGUACCCUUGAUUCCUUAGACUUUGCAAGAUAUUCAGAUGAUGGUAACAGGGAAACUGAUGAGAGAGUGGCAGUCCUGGAGUUUGAACUACGGAAAGCCAAGGAGACCAUUCAGGCCCUCCGAGCAAACCUAACAAAGGCUGCAGAAAAUGAAGUUCCUUUACAGGAACGAAAAAAUUACAAAUCAAGUCCUGAAAUUCAGGAGCCAAUCAAACCUCUUGAAAAGAGAGCUCUAAACUUCCUAGUCAAUGAAUUUUUAUUGAAGAAUAAUUACAAGCUUACAUCUAUAACCUUUUCAGAUGAAAAUGAUGAUCAGGAUUUUGAAUUGUGGGAUGAUGUAGGAUUAAACAUUCCCAAACCUCCAGAUUUAUUGCAACUGUACCGAGAUUUUGGAAAUCAUCAAGUGUCUGGAAAAGAUCUUGUGGAUGUGGCCAGUGGAGUAGAAGAGGAUGAAUUAGAAGCUCUUACGCCAAUUUUAGGCCCUCCUCCAACCUUUGCAACUCCUCAGCCUGUAGAGAACUCCUUGCUAGUCCAGAAAUUAGAAGAUAAAAUUAGUUUAUUAAAUAGUGAGAAAUGGUCCUUGAUGGAGCAGAUCAGAAGACUUGAAAGUGAAAUGGACAUCCUCAAAAAUGAACACUUUGCCAUCCCAGUGGUUUGUGACUCUGUUCAGCCUUCUUUGGAUCAGUCUUCCCACAAAGACUCUGAAGACAGUGGACAGAAUUCAGUUGUAAAUAGUUCAGACAAGGAAAAAAACAAGGAUAUUCGUCUUUCAAUAUCAGAUGAAGUUGACUCCACUAUUCCUAAAGAAAAUUCCUCAAAUUCUUUCCCUAGGAAGGAAGGGGAAGGAAUGCCAUCUUCUUCUCGAGCAAGUAAAAAUGCAGUUCAGUUUGAUAAACCCAAUAGGAAAUUGUCACCUGCUUUCCACCAAGCACUACUCUCUUUUUGUCGAAUGUCAGCAGAUAGUCGUUUAGGAUCAGAGGUAUCUCGGAUUGCAGACAGUGAAAAGAAUGUUAUGCUAAUGUUGGGACGCUGCCUGCCACACAUUGUUCCCAAUGUGCUGCUGGCAAAGAGAGAGGAGUUGAUCCCCCUCAUAUUGUGUACAGCAUGUCUGCAUCCUGAGCCUAAAGAAAGAGAUCAGCUUCUCCACAUACUUUUCAAUUUGAUCAAGAGGCCAGAUGAUGAGCAAAGGCAGAUGAUAUUGACGGGUUGUGUGGCAUUUGCACGUCAUGUUGGACCCACCCGUGUAGAAGCCGAGCUUUUACCACAGUGUUGGGAACAGAUUAAUCAUAAGUACCCAGAAAGACGACUGCUGGUGGCUGAAUCCUGUGGAGCAUUAGCACCUUACCUUCCUAAAGAAAUUCGUAGCUCGUUGGUUCUUUCAAUGCUACAGCAGAUGUUAAUGGAAGAUAAGGCAGAUUUGGUGAGAGAAGCUGUGAUCAAAAGCCUCGGUAUCAUUAUGGGAUACAUUGAUGAUCCAGACAAAUAUCAACAGGGUUUUGAAUUGUUGCUCUCAGCCUUGGGUGAUCCCUCAGAAAGAGUAGUUAGUGCAACACAUCAAGUAUUUCUACCAGCUUAUGCUGCCUGGACGACAGAACUUGGAAAUUUACAGUCUCAUCUUAUACCUACACUACUGAGUAAGAUUGAAAAACUUCUCAGGGAAGGAGAGCAUGGGCUGGAUGAACAUAAGCUCCACAUGUACCUUUCUGCUUUGCAGUCCUUGAUCCCUUCACUCUUUGCACUAGUGCUACAGAACGCACCUUUCACAAGCAAAGCCAAGCUUCAUGGUGAAGUGCCACAGAUAGAAGUGACUAGGUUCCCCCGGCCUAUGUCGCUUCUUCAAGAUGUAUCUACUAUUAUUGGAAGUCGUGAGCAAUUGGCAGUGCUACUACAACUUUAUGAUUACCAGUUGGAACACGAGGGUACAACAGGCUGGGAGAGUUUACUAUGGGUUGUCAAUCAAUUGUUGCCACAACUUAUAGAAAUAGUUGGCAAAAUUAAUGUUACUUCAACUGCCUGUGUCCAUGAAUUCUCCAGAUUUUUCUGGCGCCUUUGCCGGACGUUUGGCAAAAUUUUUACAAACACUAAGGUAAAACCUCAGUUCCAGGAGAUUUUAAGACUGUCUGAAGAAAACAUUGAUUCCUCAGCAGGAAAUGGGGUCCUCACUAAAGCUACAGUCCCCAUUUAUGCAACAGGAGUCCUUACGUGUUAUAUUCAGGAAGAAGAUCGAAAACUGUUAGUUGGAUUCUUAGAAGAUGUCAUGACUCUGCUUUCAUUAUCUCAUGCUCCUCUUGAUAGCCUGAAGGCUUCUUUUGUGGAACUGGGUGCAAACCCUGCCUAUCAUGAAUUACUGUUAACGGUUUUGUGGUACGGUGUUGUCCAUACUUCAGCACUUGUGAGGUGUACUGCUGCUAGAAUGUUUGAGCUGACUCUUCGAGGCAUGAGUGAAGCGUUAGUUGACAAGCGGGUUGCUCCGGCCCUUGUUACCUUGUCCAGUGAUCCGGAAUUCUCUGUCAGGAUUGCCACAAUUCCAGCCUUUGGCACUAUUAUGGAAACAGUUAUUCAAAGAGAGUUGCUGGAAAGAGUGAAAAUGCAGCUGGCUUCUUUCCUGGAAGAUCCUCAGUAUCAAGACCAGCAUUCUUUGCAUUCAGAGAUCAUAAAAACAUUUGGUAGAGUUGGGCCUAAUGCCGAACCCAGAUUCCGAGAUGAGUGUAAGUUGCAUUUUUCUACUACUUUGUCUCAAGUCAUUUCAGAAGAUUUAAUGGUUAAUCACUUUUUACCUGGUCUCAGAUGUUUACGCACUGACAUGGAACAUCUUUCUCCAGAGCAUGAGGUUAUUUUAACUUCUAUGAUAAAAGAAUGUGAACAAAAAGUAGAGAACAAGACUGUCCAAGAGCCUCAAGGCUCAAUGUCAAUUGCUGCAAGCUUAGUGAGUGAAGAUACAAAAACCAAGUUUUUGAACAAAAUGGGCCAGUUGACAACAUCAGGUGCCAUGCUGGCCAAUGUAUUUCAGAGAAAGAAGUAAAAACAGGAAGGAAGCCUCCAGUAAACACUAAGAUGGACCUCAAGCAGACUGGUUCCUUGUACUUGAAGUACUUGCCUUUUUUUAUUUCUUCUGUUUUAUGUUCUUGCAUUAUAAUUUUAUCCUAAUCUCCAAAGAUAUUUGCACUGCUAUUGAUUAUUGCUGUAUAUGUGUUAAUUUGGGUUAUAACUGUGGUGAUAGGAAAUUGAGUUGAUUGUACCAAGUCCCUCUUCUGUGUUCUUGUCUUUCAGAAUAAUUUUUUAUAUAUAUAGUGAAGAGUUUUUGUUUUGUUUUUUAUUUUUAGAUGGGAUGUUAGCAGAUAUCUGUAUUAUACACUGAGCUAUUACAAUGGUACUUAAAAUAAUGUAAAUUUGAAGUCAUUGUUAUAAAGUAAUAAAAGUGGAGAUUACUUAAGUAUUUAAAUUAUGAAAGAAUAAUGCACACUUUUUAUUGUUUCUUAACUGACUAGAAAGAGCCACCAGCAUUACUCUGUGCCUUUUGGACUUCAGUUUAUGUGUUCUGUAGGAAUUGUGCACAUUCCAUUCACACAGUAUUUCUUUAUGAUGCUGUGAUGAAUUUGAGUUGCAAACCCUACAGCAAAUAGAUAAUGAUGAAACUUUCAACAUUUCAGAGCUCUCAUGAAUAUUCUUUAAGUGCUAUUUAAACCUCCCCAGCACUACAUACAUGUAAUGGACUUACCUGAGGAUAGAUAGCACAUUAAGUAUGGGGAGCGGUAACCAAGGUGAAUUUUACAAAGUGGUGUGUAGUAUAUUUAAAUGCUCAAGAAUAAGUGUAAUUGAGAAGAGCUGAUAAUUGUGAAAAUUUUCCCAAAUUGAAAUACAGAAGAAAAUAUGUUUUGAACCUAAAAUUUAAGUUAUUUAUGUACUUUAUUUAAGACAUUAUUUUCUAAUGAUUUUAGUUUCAGAUAUUUUCAUUCUGUGUAUUAUGGAGAAGUACGGAAAAGUUCAGAACAUUGGGAGCUGCUUUUUUCCUCUAAAUAAAAAUGGCAUUGGCUAGAUUAUUAUUGGUUAGUUCCCACAUCACCCGUUAAAGUCCGUGACUAUUACUGUUUGAUAUAUAUAUAUAUUAGAGUCUUAAGUCAAUGUACAAAUUGCACUGGAAUUUGACAGUUGUCUAUAUAGUACUGCAACUUGAAGUGGAAAACAGUGGUCUUGGAAAUGGAAGCAGAAGGUUGAUUGACUUGAGGGGUUAAUGUGAGGCCUUUUUGAAAGAUGAAUAUUUUGAUAAAGCGAAUUAUCGAUUGAGCACAGUUGAUGCACAUAGGUGAUUCUCCUAUUUGUUGUAUAAGCUGGUUUAAUACACUUGAAACAUAGCUGAAUUACAUUCACUUCUUGGGAAAGCUCACUUACCACACAUUCAAGCUUAUAAAAUAAUUUGCCACAGGCAAAGCCAUUUAAAAAGUUCAUUCUGAAAUUACUUCUUUCACCUACAGUAAAAUAAUUGUUGACUCACUAGUUUUUCUGGAAACUGUUGGAUUCUAGGCAUUCCUGAGAAAUUAAAAGUGGCUACCUUUCAUGUCAAAAAUGUUGAUCUAUUAUAAAUAAAAUGUUUUGCAUA